AUGCUAAUUGACACCGGCAGCGAGCUCAACAUCAUGACAAGUGAGCAAGCUUAUGCUCUAGAACUUCCAGUCGAUCCUACUGGCACCAUGUGGACUCUUCGCGGUGUAUCUGGACACCAAGUCGCCUUAGAAGAUACCCUUCAUGGAAAGGAUAUGAUUCUAGGUCAACCAUGGCUCUUCGGCCACUCUACUAAGAUCGAGUAUAUGCACGAUGUAGGGAUGGUAAUUCAAGUUUGGAAUGAAGGCAAUCGCGAUAGUGGAGCAUCUGUCCGCAUCAAACUUCCGAUUAUGAAUGCCCCACGAAAUGUUUAUCCUGUCCAAGCUCGUCGUUAUGCGAGAGCUGCCACCACCACAUACGACAUUAGUACAGUGAGAUGUGGGUCAGAUCCCCAGACAUCAGAGCCGCCACAAUUCCUGAGCUGCAUUCCUUCGACAUUCACUGCACCACAGACAGAACUUAAAGAGCUAAGGCCUGACGGCCUUGAUCAUGUACUAGCGGACCAUAACAUGGAAGAUCCAGAAGUCCUUAGAGCGCUUAAGAAUGCUUGGAUACCCUCCAAGAUACCCCAUGGUCUGGGAUUCACGGACUAUGUUGAACGGGUCACCCUAGUCAAGGGACUGGGCUUGAACUCAGCUAAGGAAACGUCCACUGAGAUGGAAUGCUUUCCAUUCCCCAUGCGCGAUUCUGCACCGCCGGAGCAAAAGCUUAAAGAGCCAAGGCCUGACGGCCUUGACUAUGUUCUAGAAGGACGGGAAGCAGCCCAUGCUGAGGAUUCAAGAGCUGCUGCAGGUCCCUUGGCAUUGUCUGGGUUGGAUUCCAUGGGAAUUGUCGAGCAUGUCGAUAUCGCUAAGGGAAUGGCUGCAGCACAAGAAUUCCCAUGCAUGCAUCAUGAGCCCGUUGUUGCAGAGUCGUUGCCUGUGACUGCUCAGAACUCAGAGACUGGAUGUACCGUUGUCAAGCCUGAAUCAACGGAGGCAGCAAUGAUAGCUCGCAUUGCGCCGAAGUCUUUCACUGGACUUGAAAUCUGUUUUCUUGCUAACUUCUUGACUGCUCAAGAGAAGCCUGUUGUCCAUGCCGAAGUCACUGAAGUCAUACACCCUCCAGAAGGCUGUCAACGCUCCAGCGGGAGCCAUGAGGAUUCCUUAUGCCAAUCCCAAGAGCUUAGCCCCAACAGUUAUGACAAUCGGGUUGAGAAUCCAGAUCUGGAGUUCCCUCCAAGCCAGCCGUGA